GCGUUAACCCCGGUGACGUUUAACCACUUCCGGUAGCAACAAGAACUGUUUGGCAGCUCUGUAAUCAUUAUCGGGGCUGUGACUACCAUGGAACCCCGUCAUGAUUUGUCGUCUGUUGUAUUUUCAGCUACGUAGAGACGACAGUGGUUAAAAUGGAUAACGUUGUGAAGAACUGGACAUUAUUGAGCCAAAGAAAUUUCUGACAUCUUUCCUCAGUCUUUGAUUCAAAAUGGCGGAUCAAAAAGAGGCUCUGCAUCAGAUACGAAGACAACUGUCAACUGACAGCGAAGAGUUCCAUGAUGAAAAACUGGAUCCACGGAUUCAGAUAGAGCUUGAGAAGCUGAACAAGGCAACUGAAGAGAUCAACAAGUUGGAACUAGAGUUAGACGAUGCCAGAGCUUCCUUCCGUCAAGCUUUAUCUGACUCAACACAAAAACUUAACGCUCUGGCCAAAAAACUUGGAGCAUGUGUGGAAAAAGCUCGACCUUACUAUGAUGCUCGGAUUAAAGCCAAAGAUGACCACCUGGAGACCCAAAAGGCAGCGUUGAGGUAUGAGAGAGCUUGCAGUAUGCACGAAGCAGCCAAGGAGAUGGUGCAACUAGCAGAACAGGGCUACAUGAGACGGGAACAGCCAUCGGACCCCGCCUGGCAGGAGAUGCUCAACCAUGCUACCAUGAAGGUGAAUGAGGCAGAGAAGGAGCGUAACGAGAGUGAGCGUGAACAUGAAAGGACGACCAUCAACUUCAAGAACUCUGAGGAAAGGGUCCAGCUUCUGCAGAAGGAACUGAAGCGUGCGAUUACCAAAUCAAAACCUUAUUUUGAGAUGAAAAUCAAGUUUAAUCAAGUCAUGGAAGUGAGUAGACAUCUCUUUUAAUAACAAUUAACGUUGAGUAGUCUGGAGGAAGAUGUUGCAUCAGCUAAGGCCUUGUACUCCCAGGCUCUUCAUAGUCUGGAGGCGAUCAGUGAUGAAAUCCACCGCCAGCGUCUUGAACGGCGAAAACAACAGCAGCUGGGUGUGCGUAGUGCGGGUGUGGGAGCUGAAGACCCAUCCCCACCGCCAUCAUGGGACAGCGGCUCCCCUCACAUCGACGGCAGUGUGACCCCCCACACCAGCAGUUGCUCCAAUGUCUCUCUCACCACGGUAACCGUCAGCUCAAGUGAUGCCACACAGAGCAUGAACACUUUUAGCCAAUCAAAAGUUGAGCUGCAGAUGGAGGAUUCUUCAAAAGACUUUCUCUUUCCAUCAGUGAUACACCCCACUGCUGACAAGGCCAGGACAGACAGUUAUCGUCAAGCCAUUGACUCUAGUCACGUGAUGAGUCCUUCAACUGACAGCAUGUGUUCUGCAGACUAUGAUGAAAAUUUUGACACACCUAGUCUUGAUGAGGAGUAUAUGAAUCUCCCUAACACGCAUUCUCCAAGAGGGAGGAUUGUCAUCCAGAGAGCUCAUGUAAAACAGGAGAAGAACGAAGAAGUAUUCCCGGACGCACAAUCAUCUACUGCCCUUGGUGAACAGUCACCUGGAGAAGAAUCUCAAGAGGCCCCGAGUGAUGAUGCUGAUGGUCAGGCCGAGAGACAGCGGUCUCAACCAAUUGCUAUUGCAGGGAUAAGAUCCCGAGUUGAGGGGGUGACACACCACCCACUCAGUAAAAACUACAACUCUGACCUUGGCACGCCUGAAGGAGGCAACAGUCCAAUAAGUGGUUCUCCUUCCACAUCUAGGAAAUCACCAAAGCUGCAAGGACUCAUUUUACGUAUUGACCCUUCUAUGGACCCCCUUCAGAGGGUUUAUUCCUCCCGGCCUAACUCCCUAAGUAGCACACCACCUCAGUAUUACCCCCCUACCACUCAAGAUACACCUGCCGACAACGUCUCUGAACCUGCUGCAGAACCGGUGACCAAAUCAGUCUCUUCCAGGCAUCAAUCUGAAGGAACUCCAGUUAGGGUUGUGCCAAGUUCCAAAGAAUUAGGAACUCCUGGUAGUGAACGUGCUCUAAGAGUUCCUUCUUCAAGUGAUAUGUCGUCAUACCAUGAAGAUAGCUCAGACACAGAAAGCAUUGCAAGUGCUGGUCCAAUGAUUGAUGAUGAACAGAUAGAGUUCCUCAACCUGAACUUCUCCAACCAGACUGUUAAGGAUGACAACCCUCCCACCUUCCGCAGGCAGUCGUGGAACCGUAUGAGCCUCCCCCCAAGGCUGAGCUACCUCGAAGGGUAUGUCAAGAAAGCUAGUGUGUCCAGUGAAGCUCAGAUUCCGGAGCAAAGUGAGUCAGAGGCACCUAAAGUCGAGGUACAGCAAUUAUGAGGACUCAGAGUGCUUCAGACAUGUUUGAACAGUGCUAUGUUUCUUUAUACACUUCAAAGAGUUUUAGUGUAGUUUUAUCAAUAGUCUUGGAGUAUGCCCAUUUCAUGACAACUCUUGAAGGGUGUGUGUAGAAGUGUUGGGAAUGUUUUUGCCGCUGUGUCACCAGUAGAAAGUGAAUGUGUUCAGGCACAGAGAGACAUGCUCAGCACCUAGACAUAGAUUUGGAUUAGAUAUGUAGAUGACUGGACACAGGGUUCUUUUAACAAAUCAGUCUGCAAUGCAUCAUAUCAUGUCACAAUGUGAUAGUUAAGGUGUUUUCUAAGUGUGUUUUUUUAACAAUUUUGCCAUGAAAAUUCAAAACAAGAAAAAAAUAAUUUGUCUUUUGAUUUGUUUGCACCAGAAAUCCAACCAUAUUGAAAUUUACUUUGAGAAUAAAUGAAAACUAAUUUAAGUUAAUAGAAUACUCAUGAUAAUGAUACAAUGAUAUGUUUGAGCAUGCUCAGGCAUGAUAAGAAUUUCUGUGCCAUGGAGCUGAUUUUAAAUGUUAAAGCUUUUACCUAUGAAGUGAUAAACCAACUGUGUAGUAAUGUAUUUAUUUCCAUCAUGAAGGUAUUCCUUGAUUCAGGAUAGUUUAGGAUGUGGCAAUGUGCAACAUUUUUAUACAGUGAUAACUAAUGUUGUCACAACAAACCUAAGUCGAACGGACUGAACACUGUACCUCCUGGAGGUGGAAAACCUGGGAUAUUCCACAACAUAUACUUCUCAAAGAACACCUGAUUUUUACAUAUCAAUAUUAUAUCUGUUAUGGUGUGACAAAUUAAUUAUUGUCAUAUGAAAUAAUCAGUUGUUCUUUAACUAUUUUUGAGUAGUAUAUAUCCUAGCAGUUAUAGAUUGUCAAAUAUAAUCAAGGAUUCUUAAUGAAUUUUGUUAUUCAAGAUGUAUAUUCAGCCACAUUGUGAUAAUACAUUUCAUGACUGAUUUGGGCUUUUUGUUCCGCUAAAUA